AUGGUGUCCCAGGUCAUAAAGCAGCUGAUGAAGAAGGAGCUGACGCUGGAGUUCUCCAGAGACAGGAAGUCCAUGUCUGUCUUCUGUUCAUCCAAUAAACACAUCAGGUCCGCCUCUGGAGCCAAGAUGUUCGUCAAGGGAGCUCCAGAGAGCGUGCUGGAACGCUGUAACUUCAUCCGGGUCGGUGCUUCCUGUCGUGUGCCUUUGAGCGCGGCGGUCCGAGAGCAGAUCCUGUCCACUGUGCGGGAGUGGGGAGCAGGCAGAGAUACGCUGCGUUGCCUCGCCAUGGCAACCAGGGACACACCCCCUGACAUCAAAGGCCUCAACGUGGAGAACUCCGCUACCUUUGCUGACUACGAGUCGGACCUGACCUUUGUGGGCUGUGUAGGCAUGUUGGACCCCCCCAGGAAAGAGGUGCUCUCUGCGGUCCGAAUGUGUCGGCAGGCUGGCAUCAGGGUCAUCAUGAUCACAGGCGACAACAAAGGCACAGCCCUGUCUAUCUGUCGGAGGGUGGGCAUCAUCACAGAACAGGAGGAGGAGCAGGAGGGCUUGGGGAUCAAUGGGGGCCUCACAGGGAGGGAGUUUGACGAGCUGCCCCCCCACCUGCAGCGCCAGGCCUGCAGGACGGUGCGCUGCUUCGCCCGGGUGGAGCCGGCACACAAGAGCCGGAUAGUGGAGUACCUCCAGAGCCUCAAUGAAAUCACUGCCAUGACAGGUGACGGUGUGAACGACGCCCCUGCUCUGAAGAAGGCGGAGAUCGGCAUCGCUAUGGGCAGCGGCACAGCGGUGGCUAAAUCCGCCUCUGAGAUGAUUCUGGCUGAUGACAACUUCUCCACCAUCGUGGCUGCAGUGGAGGAGGGCAGAGCCAUUUACAAUAACAUGAAGCAGUUCAUCAGAUACCUGAUAUCAUCCAACAUAGGAGAGGUGGUUUGUAUUUUCCUGACAGCAGCACUGGGCAUGCCUGAAGCACUGAUCCCAGUCCAGCUGCUAUGGGUCAACCUUGUCACUGACGGUUUCCCAGCAACGGCUCUGGGCUUCAACCCUCCAGACCUAGACAUCAUGUCCCGUCCCCCCAGAACCUCCAAAGAGCCUCUGAUCUCCAGCUGGUUGUUCUGUCGCUACCUCAUCAUCGGAUGUUAUGUGGGAGCUGCUACUGUGGGGGCUGCUGCCUGGUGGUUCAUGGCAGCCCACGACGGACCAAAAGUGUCCUUCUAUCAACUGUCCCACUACCUGCAGUGCAGUGAAGGCCACGCUGAGUUUGCUGGUGUGCAGUGUUCAAUCUUUGAGUCUCCUUAUCCCAUGACGAUGGCUCUGUCUGUCCUGGUUACCAUAGAGAUGUGCAACGCCUUGAACAGUGUCACCAGCGUUUUCAGGCAGGGUUACAGCCGCAUUUCUAGCGACAGCCCAUUGUCAAACCCUGAGGAUGGCUCAACUCAAGUUCAUAUUUUGGACAUAGCUGUCAUGGAUAUAAGCACAAGAGAAGACAGCCCCCUCUGA